GUGAGGGGGUGUGUCUACGCAUGUGCGGCGCUCAUCGCUGUUGGCCGUGGAGCGCGAGGGGCGUAUGCGCAGUGCUGGUGCCUGAGCCGUUGUCCUCUGCCUGCGCGGAGGGGAGUGUGUGGGCGCGGAGUUCUGAGCAGCUAGUCCUCUCCUCACCCACUGAUAUUACUUGGACUUUAAUUUCUGGCUGUGAAGAUAAAAGAAUUGGAUGACAGCAGCAACCAGGAAUGAAGUGCUUGGUCUUUAUCGAAGAAUCUUCAGAAUAGCAAGAACAUGGCAGUCACUAUCAGGUUUAUCAGAUGAUACGUUGAAAGAAAAACAAUACAUCGUUACGGAGGCCAAAGCGUUAUUCAGAAAAAAUAAAAAUUUAACAGAUGUGGAAGCAAUUAAAAACUGCAUAAUGGAAUGCCACACAAGGAUAGAGAUGGGACUACAUUAUAGAAUUCCUUAUCCAAGACCUAUACAUUUACCUCCUAUGGGACUUGCUGAUAAAAAAGGACGCAAGUUUAGAAUACAAGAGAGGCUGAGGAAAUUUGCCAAGCCAGUGUACCUACGAUCACAUGAGGAAAUGUAAUAGUAACCCUUAAACAUUUUUAAUCAUGUGAAUUAUUCAUUACUUAAGUUGCAUUAUUUUUUGAAGAACUAAAAUUUCUGUUAUGAAAAUCCAUAGGCUGCAGCAAUCUGUUUGAAUUAGCAAAUAGCCCAUGGAAUUACCUUGGAGCAGCUUCUUUUUAACUUUGUCAUUUGGGAUAUUGAACAAUACUCUCAAUACAAGUACACCUGAAAAAUGGAACCACGUUCUUUUGUGCUUCAUUGUGGGCUUUAAAUCUUCACUUCUGGGCCUAUUCUGAUAAAAGGAGUGAGAAAAUCCAUGUUACGCAUCACUCAUGGGUCAAUUUCAUUCAAUAUGCCAGAUUUCUUGGGGAAGUAAAACUUAAAAGCAGAGAACACCACAAUGCAGAAUUUCCUGGAGGAACUCAGUGGAUUGAGCUCCUCUGCAGAUUGUUUUUUGCUCCAGAUUCCAGCAUCUGCAGACUUUUAUGUCUACAAUGUAGAAUUUUUUUUUCCCCUUUAAGCCCCUAAGUAUUCCUGGGAUGUGAGCAUUUAUUCCCAUCUCAAAUCAUAACUGAGAGUGAUGCUGAACUUCCAUCUUGAUACCUGCAAUCUGAGUGUCAAGCUGUUCCCACGAUUCCUUUGGGUGAGGGGUUGCAUGGCUUUGAUUCAACAACAAUGUAAAAAUGGCUGUAUAUGCUUAAACUGAGAUGUCAUAAUACCCUAGACAAGGAAUUGGAGAUGAUGAUGUUUCCAUGUACUUCUGUGCAAUGCAGAUCAUGGGAUGUGGAAGGGUGGAUGUUUAUGAAAAUAGGCCAGCCAAAGUGUUGUGAGUUCUAAAUGUAGCAGAAGAUUUGAUCUUUUGGCUUGGUGCAUGUUGUCAUUGUAACUUUAUUCUUUGCCUUUUCAGCAAAUCUUAUUGAUUUGCACCACUUGUUUGUUUUAUGACUGCUUACAAUAAAUUCCUUUGUAAAGAAUGGCAUUUUGCAGUUUAGGUGGUAUUGAACUAAAUGAAUGCUCAAUCACCAGUUCCAGGAUAAUAUUUUCACUUCAGCACCCUGUCCAUUAUUGACCAAAGGUAAUUGCAAUGAGUAUUUUAUGGAUUAGUGGUUCUAGACUGAGACCUUUGUCAUCUUCAACAAUGCAUACAGAUGAAGUGCAACAUUGGGACAUUGUAACAGAUGUAUUGUGGCUCAUUGGAGGUACCUUUUAUCUUUGCAAUAUUAACUAUCUGAUUUGCCAUUGACUGAUCAAACAUGUAUCUGUGCUUCAGUAGAGAUGGUCUGCACUUUCACAACUCUGCUACUGAACAGUAUGACAUGAAAUGCCUUGCUAAUUUUCUAAGGUUAGUAUAUAGAGUACGUAUUUUGUGCCCACCCUGAUGCUCGUUCUAGGUGUCAAUAAGAGUGAGAAGUUUAAUGUGACUGUGGCAAAAUUUCAACUUUGAAAAAUCCCUUGCUUAAGUUACAAUAUGGCUGGGAUAGAAUAAGAGGGCUGUGUGACAUGUUAUGAUUGCCCAUAGUAUAAUUUGUAGAUCUGCUUUCCCGUCAUAUAUCUUGAAAUGUGAAAUGUUAUCAGUGAGACUGCACCCUUCCUUUGCUUUCUUUAAUGUAUUCUGUCCUACUACAUUUUUUUUCUCCCAAUUAAAAUGCAACAUUUUGUUAGGACAAGUGACUUUUACAAUGGUUGUAUUAAUGAGAAGAAAAGGAAAAUAUCAGUUAUAGCUUUGUGAAUUACCGCUUUGUUAUAACUACAUUUUUAGUAAUUGGAUUAGAUGACCUAGCCCAUUGUGUAAAUUGUGAAGGUUAGAAUAAAUUUAUAAUUAUAUCAGCAUCUACUGUGGGCAUAUCUAAUGAUAAAGGCUGUAGUUGUCUUUGCUACUUCUAUCAUAAAAAUAAAUAACAUACCAAUAAUCUGGUACAGUGUCCACAUUUUAAAAUGGGCAAUGGCUUGUAUCGUCCAAAGUCAAUUUCAAAGCUACAAAAUAUAAUGUCUUUCAUUCUUUUUUUUGUACCUUAAACGAUUGCUUUGAGUAUUUUUGUUUUGCUGCCCUCCAAUAAAA